UCUUAUCACCCUCAAGUCUCUCACCUUCGUGUGCUUCUCGUGGUUUCCUCACUUUAUUGUUAGUCUCUCGAUACCUCUCUCGUGUGAUCUUCUUCUUCUUCUUCUGGUUCUAUAUCAGCCAUCUCUUCUAGUUCUUCAUAGUCUUUCAUACAAUUGAGAUCAGUCAAAUAUUGAUCAUCGUAUAUAUUAUCUGAAUCUUGUUAGUUUUCUGUGAGAGAUGAUGCCCCUUCAUGAUCAAGAAACUACCACAGUCGCUACUGUCACGCCAAACAUGCAGAGUCAGACCGUCGUGAGCCGGCCGGAGAAUGGCUCAGUCCACGCCGAGCCGUCCGGUUUGGGCCGUCACGGCGGAGAACCUGGUCUUGAUACCACCAUUUCCGACCAUGAUCACCACCCAACAACACCAAGAGUUUCGGCUCUACACCAAUCCUUGCGUCCUGUUACGCUCAAAUUUGAAGACUUCUCUUACAGUGUAACAAUCGAAAGCAAGAAGAAUGCUUGUGUCUGUGUUUCUUCUCAAAAUCAGAAGGUGACGAGGACGAUACUCAACGGCGUGACAGGGAUUGUCCGGCCCGGUGAGCUAAUGGCAAUGCUGGGUCCGUCCGGUAGCGGGAAGACCACGCUGCUGACUGCCCUCGCCGGCCGGCUAACCGGGAAAGUCUCUGGCUCCAUAACAUACAAUGGCCAACCCUUCUCUAGCUCCAUGAAGCGCAAGACCGGAUUUGUCACACAAGACGACGUUCUCUAUCCUCACCUCACUGUCCUUGAGACGCUCACUUUUGCUGCUUUGCUAAGACUUCCCAAGAGCCUCACCAGAAAAGAGAAAAUGGAGCAGGCCGAGACCAUCAUGGCGGAGCUCGGGCUCACCAGGUGCCGAAACAGCCCCAUCGGCGGAGGAGCCAGCUUGGUUAGGGGCAUUUCCGGCGGAGAACGAAAACGGGUCAGUAUCGGCCAGGAGAUGCUUGUGAACCCGAGUCUGUUAUUGCUGGACGAGCCGACCUCGGGGCUGGACUCGACGACGGCACAGCGCAUCGUGGUUAUGCUCCGGGGGCUGGCUCGUGGCGGCCGGACUGUGGUGACGACCAUUCAUCAGCCUUCGAGUCGGUUGUAUAGAAUGUUCGAUAAGGUGGUUGUGUUGUCGGAUGGGUACCCGAUUUACAGCGGGAAAGCGGUUCGGGUCAUGGAGUAUCUUGGGUCCAUCGGGUUUGUGCCCGCUUUCAACUUUAUUAACCCGGCAGAUUUUCUACUUGACUUGGCUAAUGGCGUAGUUGCUGAUGUCAAACAGGAUGGUCAAACAGAUUUACAUGGAACACUAGACCACCAUGAGGAUCAAGCUUCAGUUAAACAGUCCCUAGUUUCAUCCUACAAGAAGAUUUUAUACCCUUCUCUGAAACAAGAGAUUCAGCAAAGCAAUAGAGAGCUAGCUGCUUUCACAUCAGGAACACGAAGAAGUUCAGAGAAUCAAUGGAACACAAGCUGGUGGGAGCAGUUCAGGGUGCUUCUGAAGAGAGGCUUAAAAGAGAGGAGGCAUGAAUCAUAUUCAGGCUUAAGGAUUUUCCAAGUCUUGUCUGUCUCUUUUCUCUCUGGACUUCUGUGGUGGCAUUCUGAUCCCUCAAACAUACAAGAUCAGCUGGGCCUGCUCUUCUUCUUCUCAAUCUUCUGGGGAUUCUUCCCUCUAUUCAAUGCAAUAUUAGCAUUCCCUCUAGAGAGACCAAUGCUAUCAAAAGAGAAAUCAUCAGGAAUGUACCAUCUCUCCUCUUACUACAUGGCCAGAAUGAUUGGAGACUUGCCAAUGGAACUCGUGCUUCCCACUAUUUUCACAACAAUCACCUAUUGGAUGGGAGGCCUCAAGCCUUCACUUGUCACCUUUGUGUUAACCCUCUUGAUCAUCCUCUUCAAUGUCCUUGUGUCCCAAGGCAUAGGCCUUGCCCUUGGGGCCAUCCUAAUGGAUGUGAAGCAAGCCACAACUCUGGCUUCUGUGACCAUGCUCGUGUUUUUGCUAGCUGGUGGUUAUUACAUUCAGAAAAUGCCUUCUUUCAUAGCUUGGCUUAAGUACUUCUCAUUCAGUCACUAUUGCUAUGAGCUUCUGGUGGGAGUUCAGUAUUCAAAAGAUCAAGUCUAUGACUGUGGCCAUGGGUUGCAUUGUAGGGUAGUGGAUUUUCCUGCCAUAAGGUGUUUGGAUAUUGAAAACCUGUGGGGGGAUGUGGCUGCCUUGGCUGUUAUGUUUGUUGGAUACAGAAUUGUGGCCUAUCUAGCUUUAAGGAUGAGGUAGCCUCUGAAUAAAAUAGGCUUCAUUUUAGUUGAGAGAGCAUGAUGUUUAGUUUCUUUCUUUCCUUUUCUUUCUUCCUUCCUUUUUUUUUUUUUUGGGUCAUUUCAAUCAGAUACCAAGUUCAAGUGUUAAUUUGAUUCAAUUGUUUUACGACAUAUAUCUUAAUUA